AUGUCGCGAUUACCUCCUCUCCCGCCUGGAUUGCCUCCACGGCCACAGUACCCACCACCCUCCUCUUAUGGAGCGGAAUCUUAUCGACCUCGCGAUGAUUAUCAUCGUCAAGAGGACAAUCGCCCAUCCUAUCCUCCUCGGGGCCCACCACCACCUUAUCAAUUUCGCGGAAACGAUGGAUAUGACUCGAGAUCUGACUAUGGCAGACGCUCUCCGCCUCGCAGAAGAUCACCUCCAGGUCGAAGAUCGCCUCCCAGGAAUGGCUAUCCUUCGGGGGACGCGUAUCGCCCUCGCGAAGACAACUUCAGCUUCCGCCAUGAUGCGCCUCCAGGUGUUGACUUUAGUCGAGCUGAUGUAUACAGGCCUCGCUCGCCUCCUCUAGACCCGUAUCGAUCUCGCGAUGAUCAACCACCCAGGUAUCCAAGAGACUACGUUCGCCACAAUGAAAACUCACGUUCCCGUGGAGGUCGUCCUGGUCGCGCUGGAUAUCGCGGUCGUGGUGGAUCUAGAAGAGCUGCCGAUCGCGACUUCCUGCAGACCAACCGCGCUCCUACUCCAGAAUUGAUGUCAGGCAUUGAUGAGGAUAAGGGUAACGGCGUAAGGUAUCGAGCAAUGGAUGAAAUGAGUGUCUCCGAUGAAGAUGAAAACGACGACACCGACGGACCCAGGAAAAAGCGAGCGCGCAGUGACGCAGAGGCCGCUGAUGGCAACAGUGUUCCUCAGUGGUCCAAUCCAGAUCCCUAUACCGCAUUACCCCCUCCUGAUGAGUCUCAGCGUAAAAAGAAAGAUGUGGUCAAGUUGAUCAGAAAAGCACGCGUCACUGACGGCGCUGAUGGGUCGACAAAACCCGGUGCUGAUAGCGAUGAUUUCAUUUCAUUUGAUUUUGAUGAUGAUGUUGACGAGCCAAAGCACACUUUCUUUGACCGCAGCGAGCCAGUGCCAUCGUCCAGUGUCCCAAUAAACACUCCUACAGGCCCAAAAGCUUCAGCACAACGCACACGAGAGGAUCAUCCACCCCGACCAGUGGUGCCGGAGUCUCUACCUAGCGCGAAAACAGAUCCUGUCAAAAUCUCUAUGCGCAAACAGUUACCAGAUAAGCCAAUGAGAAAUGCCGCCGCGAUUGACCUCAGUUCAGACCCGGCUCUAGGUAAUCGUAAGCGAACUCACCAAGAUGAAAUCAAACUAGAAGCUCCGCGUGAGCUCAAUAAUUCGUUUGGAGGUAGAAAAGCGCCAUCUCAUGGCGGCGUAGUCUCGACGUGGCAGCCCCUGCCAGGCACGAAUAGCACUCCGUGGAUUGAGCUUGACCAUUCCAAUAGUGCCAAUAUGGGUCUAUGGAUGCAUAAGGAAAUAGUUGAUUUCUAUCAUUACGUGAAACCGCGUGCUUUUGAGCAAGCUGUCCGCACGAAACUCGUUGAGGAUCUUCGCUCGAGAGCUAAGCAGAGGUUUCCAAAUUACGACAUCAUGACAUUUGGGUCCUUUCCUGCCGGCCUUUAUCUUCCCACUUCUGAUAUGGACUUGGUUUGUGUUUCAAAGGAAUUUAUGAGGUCUGGUCGUAUUCUAGUGGGUUCAAGACACUUAUUCGAGUUUGCAAAAUGGCUCAAGACAAGCAAAAUCGCCCACGAUGGUUCUGUUACCACCGUUCCAAAAGCGAAAGUUCCCCUGGUAAAGUAUGUCGAUCGGCUCACGGGCUUGAAAAUUGACAUAUCGUUUGAAAAUGACACUGGUUUAAUCGCCAACAAGACAUUUCAAGCGUGGAAACAAGAGUUCCCAGCGAUGCCCACCUUGGUCACCAUUAUCAAACACCUCUUAGCCAUGAGAGGGUUGAAUGAGCCGCAAAAUGGGGGAAUCGGUGGCUUCUCAGUAAUUUGCUUGGUAGUAAGUCUUCUCCAGCAUAUGCCACAGGUCCAAAGCAGAAGCAUGAUUGCGGAGCAUCAUUAUGGAGAAAUCCUUAUGGAAUUUUUUGACUUGUAUGGCAAUCAAUUCAAUGUUCAGACCACUGCCAUUUCUUUGAACCCUCCAGCAUAUGUGCCCAAGGAUCAGGCUCACAACAUCGUCUACAAACGGAAUAACAUGGACAAGUUUUCUAUCAUCGAUCCAAAUAAGCCUGAUAACGAUAUAUCUGGCGGCGCUUCAAACACCAGGGUGAUUUUGGCAUUGUUCUCAGACGCGCAUUCUAAACUACAAAAACGAAUGGGACAGUUGCAAAGUCAGCCUGAGCGUGCCAAAGAAAGUAUUCUUGGCUGUAUCUUAGCGGGCAACUAUAGGUCGUUCGACAUUCAACGCUCACAUCUCGCCACGGUCCACGAGCAAACGAUAGGCCCUGUACAGGAUUAG